AAUAUGGCGCACAAGUAUGACCUCCUAUUAGUAGAAACCAAAACAGACGGGAAAAAGAGACUUAAACCAUGGUAAGUAAGCCUUUAUACUGUCCAAAUGCAAUAAAAAGUAUAAGAGGCUGUUGAAAAUGAAGUUAAUAGCAUAUUAAGUGUGGAAUCAUUCACUGAGAAAGCCAUAUUUAUUCCAUCAGAUCAGCUCUGUUGCUGUUAUGGCGAACAAAUCAUGGAGAAUUUGUGGAGAAAUAUGCUUUGCUCUGUGCUGCUUAAUAAAAGGAAUAGUUAGAUUGAAAGUUAAAUCUUCUCUUUUUGUGUCUUCAAUGGUAUACAUGGAUGACUUUGUUGUACCAAUCGAAUUGAUUAAACUAUUUGUAAUUUUAUUACACACAGGUAUAAAGAAAGAUUAGAGACAAAGUAUAUAAAGUCAAGAAAGCUCAGAGGAAAUUCAGAAACGCUGAUCGGCACGUCUUGGACGUUUUUAGAGAAGGGAAGCGAUGACUUUAGGGAUGGUCUUCCCCCUGAAGCUAAUUAUAAUUAUGUUAAGAAGGUGAGACUGAGUGCGUAGACGUACUAGUAACGAAUUAUCAUCGGAUUAUAAGUUAUUAAUUAUUUAGUGAUUGGUAAUAGAAAACUGCUUGUAGGGCAUUAAACCUUGGACCCCUAAGAGUGACUAGCAUCUCAUUUCUCCUCACAAUAUCUCCCCUGAAUCAAACCUUAAGAUCACCAGAAUGAAGGAAAUGAUCAGCAGUUAAAGAAACUCGAUCUACGUUGUUGAACAAAUUCUCCUUGUCAGGAAAUGUACAAAGAACAGUAUAGAGAAUAUUCACACUGAUGCUAGAGUGUGGAGGGUUAACAAUCUCUUUUAUUGAGUCAUGAUGGUCAUGUUGUUUUCUGUUUUGUGAUUGGAAUUAUUUUCCUUUGAAAUUUAAUAUUGUAUGAGGAUAAUUUAUUUGGAGUGAUCCAUAUGAAAUUUCUCUUUACAAAACCAGUUCAUUAUGGAGCAGAAAGAUGAUGAAAAAAAAAAAGAACAUUAUCAACUAAGGGUUAUUAUUUGCUUUUAUUGAUACCAAUUCUCAGAGCUUAAAUUGUGAGAAAAGUUAAGCAGACAGUGAAGAGAACUGAUAUUGAGGUGAUGGGAAUCAAAGAUAGAAAGGGUCAAGUUAGUGAUAUAAAAAACAGUCUUGGGAAAAAGUAAUUCCACUUUUCUUACAUGUCUUUUCUUUCAGACUAAUACUGGGUUAGGACCAAACAUAACUGGAUCUGAUGAAACAAUAAAUGAAUAUAUGAAGGACAGAGUGAGAUUUACAAAGAAUGAAGCCUGUUUUUCAAGGUACAUUGUAUUUUUACAAGUUGUUACACAUAUAACCUUUUUUUCCUUGCAUCCCUUGAUGUAAUCUGUGCUGGUGCAGUACAAGUUCUAUUAGAGAGAAGAAUUGACCAACUUAGAAUAGGUAACUGACUGCUGACACCAUUGUAUCUGCAAACUGGGUUAGACCUUACAUAAUCUAGUUUAGCUAAACUUUCUAAUCCAUUUGAAUCAUGUGGGAAAAAUUUUGAUAAGGUUUGUUCUUUAUGGUAUCUGUCAGGUCACUUCCCCUUCAACAACAAAGAAGAGGUAGGGUGGAGGACAUUGAGUUUAACUUGACACAGCAUCCUUUGGCUCUUUUUCCUCAUUUAGAAGAGUCUUUACCUCCUGAUGUAAGUUUGUUUACCUUAAAUGUUGCGUAAUUAAUGAUACUCAUUGCUGCUUAAAGGGUUACAAGUGCUGAUUGUUUUGUUGCCAAUGGAGACAUAACAUCAUAAACUUGCUACAUUACUGUCAAACUUGGGUUGCCAAAAUGUAUGUCUUACUGCAAGUUUAGUAGCUGAAAUGUUUUCUUACUGACCAUGGUGACCAAGGUGGUUGCAGCUUAGAGAACUGCAAAAGUUCAAAGAAUGAGAAAUUUGGAACCACUGCAUUUGUAUGGCUUUUCUGGAAGUCAAGACUAAUACAGUUGAACCUCAAUUAUCCAGACUUGUGGACCGAGACUGGGCUUAAUAGUUGAGAUUCUGGAUUACUGAAAAUAUGAAUAUAAAUGGAGAAACUAAGAUGUUUUCUGUCUCAUCAUGAGUGAGGGACAAAGAAAAAAUUCUGAGUCCCUGUGAGGAAUCAAACCUUAGACCUUUGGAUUCUGCGUUCAGAUGCUCUACCACUGAACCGCAGAGCCUCUGUGGUGAGCAAGGCCAUAUAUGAAGUUCAUAAUUAUAUAUUGCUGAUCCAGCAUACUGCUAGGAUCAGCAAGGUCUAUGGUGUCAUGUUUUGUAAUCAGAAUAAGAGAGAUGGUAAGUUUUAAGCUUGGUAAAGAAAUAGAGAAAUAAAUAUAAACUUUCGUACUAGAUAAUUGGGACCAGAGAAGCAAGUCCAGAUAAUUGACAAAAUCUUGGUAAUCGAGUUCUGGAUAAUAUAGGUUGAAGAUAAUCUAUUCAAUGUUGUAUUUAACUUGGUGGGGUGCGAAAAUGAUGUAAAAAUUGAUGGCAUCAAACUCUACGAUAUAACUCAUCACUUAUUGCUCUCUGUGGUGAUCUAGGUGUUUGAAGAUGUUGUUGAGAUUCUAGAUCCAGAGAUGAACAUUGACAGUGAAACUGGAGAUGAAGAGAUGCAGGUAAAGAUACAGUUUGCACAUUAAUCUCUUUCAUAACUUUAUAACAACUUGAAAUUAUUAUUCUUACAAAACCAAAAGCUCAGAAAGACUGUCAAGAUUCAAAUGUUUCCUUUUCACAGGAAAGUGAUGAGGAUUCUGAGGAAGCCAAAGGAGCUGGAGAUCAAGAUGAACUGCAGGUAAAAAGUUACAUGAAAAAUGCAGGCUAAAAUUUUCUUUGGCAAACAUUUUGAAAAAUGACAGAUGAGAUCUAAGCUGGGAAUUAGGUUCUUAACACUGUUCAGUCAGUGGGUCGCAUCUGACUGAGUAGUAUUAAGAAUCUUCUCUCCACCUCCCAAAAAAUGUCCAGACUAAAUGUUAAAAAUAGUGGCCCUCAGUGAAGUCCGCUCCUCAAAGGAAGGCAGCCUCCAAGACCUUCUUCUAGUCAGGGAAACCUGUAAUAGAAAGACACUACUACUACUAUUACUACACGUCUCCUGAAUUUGUGUUGAUUGUAAUACCUAAUAGAUAAUUUGCAUUUUAAAAAAUAUUUGGGAGAAGGAAGUGCUGAAACAUGGAGGGCAGUCAUGAAGUCUUUCUAAUUUUCAUGUUUAGCAUUUCUUUUUCUUUUUCAGUCUGUAAAGAGUGGAGGGUCUGGAAAAUUAAGGUGAGGCUUUCGUACAGCAACACAGUUUCUUCUAAUAAUGUACUCAUUGCAAUUUUUAAUUGAUAUCUUUACAUAAGUUAAUUUGUUUAUUUUAUGUUACUGAAAAAAAUAAAAUUGUUUGACAUAUUAACAGCAACUCUGAGUCUGAGAAGGAUCAGUCCAAACUCACAUACAAGUGGCUCCCUAAACAAGAAGAUGUACAAAAAGAAGAGAGCAAAAGAGCUAGUAGGCGCAAGGCAGAGUCUCCAACAUCGGUAAAUAUUUUGAUAUUCAAAAACUGCUUUGCUGGUUAAGUCAUAACAUCUUUUAGUGCAGUUUUCACCUUACUGUUGAAAAAUCCAAACCAGGAAAAAAACAAAAAAAAAGUAACCACAACAACAAAUCAGACCAAAGGUUAACAUCAUUAUCAACCAAUGAGAUCUCAAAGUUUUGGCAAUCUGUUUUGUAAGAGCAAAAAAAAUGCAAGUGACCACGUUGGGGUUGGUUUCAGUUUUGCAUUUGGUUGGUCGAAGUUUCCCGAUCAAACCACAGACCAAAGUAUAAAAGCGAAACCAAAGCAAUUAUCCAGGAUCACUUUUUAAACUCACUGCUCUCUGAAUCAAUGAAAUAAGUGCAUAUAGGAUUGCAGUAUAUGAGAGGACUCAAGACUGCAUGUACUUCCUUUUUCAGGAUGCAAGGAUACAAGAAGUAACCAAGGAAUUUUGUGAAUGGGUGGCUGGCUUGGUGAGUUUUAUUUUAAUAAAUAAUUCUAAAAAACUAUGAACUGAAGGUAAUUUAGAUAUUCUGGACUUUGAAUACCUCAAUUUUCUUUCUUUUUCAUAAUUUUUAAGGGUGGUCAAAGUAACAAUAUUGAAGAGUCAACCGUGAUGAGUUUAUUUGCCAGUGGAUAUGAAACAAAGGUUAGUGUCUAUUUCAAUCCUUCCUAGCAAGAGUCAGUGAUAUGAUAAACAAUGUUUUCCAGUCACAAUACUUUUCAACUUUAAAUCUAAUUAAGCCAGUGUAGACCAGGGUUUAUUGUAUUCAGAACAGAAUUUUUUUUUCCCAUUAAAUUCUCAUCAAUUAUCUUGUUUGCAGCCAGCACUGUCGGUGCCUAUCCAUGUUGUUGAACUGACAAAUGUUCCACCUGAGUUAAGAAUGAACACUGGAUCUCCAUUACCAAAGCCAAGUGAAACAAGACAAGUGCCAGAAACUGAAAAGGAAAAGGUAAAGUGCAAGACCGCUCAAGCCAAUUGUGGAAGCAAAUGUAAUGAAAGAGAUGUAUGUGUUCCUUCUGUGGAACUAAAAAACUUUUCCCUUCCUUCAAUUUUUUUUAUCCUUUCCUUAAUUGUGUUGAAGUUUUCCAGUUUUCCUAGUUGUGAUUGAUUUAUUAAUACAGCUGGUGAUAUUUAAAAUUCAAAUCAAAGUGCUCAUGAUUUUUCUAAGCUUCACAUUGAGUUUUAAAACACACGAACUUCUUAUAUGAAAGUUUUUGAGAGGAAGAAUAUCAUUGAUGAGGUGCUGCGUGAAAUUUGUUUAUAGGCCAAAACCAAGUACACUCCAAGCUGGGUGAAGGUUAAAUAUGGAGCAUGGUACCUGAGCCCCUCAACAUGGAAAGCUCGUGCCAGUGGCGAACCAUUACAAGAUCCAAAAGCACAGCAGGACAAAACACUGUCUGAGUCCAAGAAGAAAAGCCAGAAGUUGGUAAGACUGUGGCAUCAACUAUAAACACCAACACAACAAAACAACAUUAACUCUCUAUAUUGCUUCACCCAAUCUCCUUCCUUUUGACAAUUGCUAACCCCCUUGGUACAAGUUUCCUUCUCUCCCCACCCUUCCACUGCUAGGUCAUUCUCCCUCAUUACUUCAUCAGUAGAAGUAUGUGAAAGAGGUAGCUGGGAAAGAGGUUGCACCUACACAAGUGUGUUAAAUGAACUUCUAUCUAACUCCACAGGAUAAUGUACUUUCCACCAUGCAUGGAGCUAAAGCAUUCAAAGAUUUUAUAGACAAAAAGAACACUAGAGUACCCGAAUUUCUUGAAGUGGUAGCUGAACACCAAGAACCCAACAAAACUGACUCAGAGGAAACAACACAAGAUGUUAGAAAGAAAUCACGUGCUGUUAGCGUUGCCAAAUCACAAUUUGGUUCAAAUGAAUAUGUAUAUUGAGUGGGUAGGUUUUUUAAUAGUGUCAGAGGACCUAGUAGAUCUGAAUUUACAAGUUGGAAGUAAGGUCAACAUAAGUGCAAUCAAACAAGUCUCUACAGUUUCUCUUUAAAAUCAAUUUAUUCUUUUCAAGAAACACCUCAAAUGGAA